AUGGCCACCUGCGUCGUGAGGAUUCGGAGUAACUUCUUCGUCAGCAACCAGCCUGCCCCUGUAUUUCCCGAACCCGAUGACUAUACCUGUUCAUGCGAUAACCGGAUGUGCUUCGACGAAUUCGGUUCCUCAUGCGGCAAUUUUCUCUCUAAGAUCAUGUGCAAUGAAGAGAACUGCGAAAACGGUCUCGGUUGUGGCAAUAGAUUCAUUUGCACACACACCUUCCUAAUUAUACCAACAAUUACGGGUCUUGGUCUGGCUGCAACCUCCCCGUUGGUAAAAGGCACGUUCGUCCUGGAAUACGUCGGUGAACGCAUCUUCGAAGAAAAAAAUGCAAACGAAAGUGUGGAUGCAUCAUCACCCUGA